AUGGGCAUAUUCAAGAAUAGUCGCGUGUAUGCGCUCGCCACAGUGGCGUAUACGGGUUCAUUCCUAUUCGGAUAUGACACGGGUGUGAUGGGCAGUGUGCUGGAACUUCCAAGUUUCAAGGCCGAUUUUGGACUUCAGCCUGGAGCUUCUGGGUUCUCAGAUGCCAAAAAUGCUCAAGUCUCAUCGAAUGUCGUUUCACUUCUCACUGCCGGAUGUUUCUUCGGCGCCAUCACCGGUGCCUUUGCUAAUGAGAAGUUUGGCCGUCGCUAUUCCAUCAUGGGAUUCCUCAUGUUCUUCCUUAUCGGUUCUGCUGUCCAAACCGCCGCCCACGGCUCGCUAUCUUAUAUGUACGGUGGACGAGUGAUUGCAGGUUUCGGAGUCGGAGGCAUGUCAGCCAUCACUCCAGUCUUCGUGUCUGAGAACUGUCCCCCGGCGAUUCGUGGCCGUAUUGCUGGUCUCUUCCAGGAAUUCCUCGUCAUUGGUGUGACCGUCGCAUACUGGCUUUGCUAUGGUGUAGCCGAAACAAUCGCCCCCACAACCAUGCAGUGGCGUAUCCCUGUUGCAUUCCAGCUUGUGCCCGGUGGUCUUAUGAUGAUUGGCAUGUUCUUCUUGACCGAAUCCCCCCGUUGGUUGGCUAAAGAAAACCGCCUGGAUGAGGCAAUCAAAGCCCUUGCUUAUAUGCGCUCCGAAUCAACUACCAGCCCGGAGGUCCAACUCGAGAUGGCAGAAAUCAAAGCCGCCGUGGACCACGAAGUCGAAUCAACAGAGGGUCUUACAUGGAGAGAGCCAUUCCUUCCUGGAAACCGCAUCCGCUUUAUCAACUGUUUCUUGAUUAUGUUCUGGCAGCAGUGGACCGGCACCAACAGUAUCGGAUACUACGCUCCUCAACUAUUCCAAACUGUUGGAGUGGCUGGCGGUAACACGAGUUUGUUCACAACCGGUAUCUAUGGUAUUGUCAAGGUCGUGGCGACCGGAAUCUUCCUCAUCAUUGGUAUCGACAAGGUUGGUCGGCGGUGGUCUCUCAUCGCUGGAGCCCUUUGGAUGGCCACGAUGAUGUUUAUCCUGGGUGGUGUUCUGGUGUCCUACCCCCCGGACCCUGAUGGUGGUGGUGGCAUUUCAUCUGCGUCUAUGGCUAUGAUUGUCAUGAUCUAUCUAUAUGUCAUUGGUUACUCUGCAUCAUGGGGACCGAUUCCAUGGGUUUACAUUUCUGAAAUUUUCCCAACUCGCCUUCGUGCGUACGGUGUCGGCUGCGGAUCCGCAACCCAAUGGCUCUUCAACUUUGUCGUUACUUAUGUGACUCCUGCCGCCAUCAACAACCUUGGCUGGCGGACAUUCAUCAUGUUCGGUGUCUUCUGCUUUACCAUGUCUGUCUGGGUUUUCCUCAUCGUCAGAGAAACGAAGGGUCGCUCCCUCGAGGAGAUGGAUGUCCUCUUCGAGAAGUUCCAUGCAUUUGGUAAACUACGGGAUGUUAGAACUGCCGAUCUCGAAAGGAAGCUUUCAUUUGAGGGCGCUGCUACCUCGGAUCAUAACGAGCAGGUUGUUGAGACUGAGGAUUAUGUGAAGAGAUAA